UCGCGAAGAAAUCCUGGGCGCCAGGAAACUAAGUGCGUGGUUUGCCACUACUUUACUAGGCUUUCCGCAGCUCCGCUGGUCUCUGGUGUUUCCGGUAGCAGAGCCACUGCAUAAUUUUUUCCCGCCAAGCUAGUGCGUAUUUAGAUGGAGUGACGUACACGGGAAGGAAACAGCGCGCAGUAUCGUUGCCAUUUUCUGAAAAGUAUAGCGCCACUUCAUAAUCUUGUUCUUUCCCACCUUUCUUCGUCUUUGUCUGCCACACCAAACUGCACCUCGCCAUGGUGGAUACGGGUGCGAAGGGAACGCGCAGCCUCAUCGUCAUUGUCCUCAUAAUCAUCGUCGCGGCGCCUUUCGUCGUCUCGAGCAACUGCGCUCCACGACGGUUGGUAGCCAUAGGCAGAGGGGGGCGGCAUUAACAUUCGCCCAAUGUCUCUGCGUGAGGUCCGAGCCGCCCCUCAGCAUUCACCCCUUGAAGAUAACUUAAUCAACCGUCGCUGAGCACAUCGGCCGAGCGCUGGUACCGCCUUCUUGUCCUCCAGGGCAAGGUGAGUUGCGGUCUGGCGGAAGCGGCAGUCCAUUGGCACAGCACACAAGAGGAGCGAAAUUCGGAGAAUGUCCCAAGCUUUACCUGAAAGUUCCGAGCACCCGACUGAGGUGCCCGCCACGGGCGGAGUGGGUGCCAUCGAAGAGCGCCCCAGCACCAGCAAGCACAGCGCGGGCGCCGAAAGUUCGCAGGCAGACGAUCGCGGCGCUAAGGACUCUGUCGAUGGCGGGGCACCACAAGCAGAAGACAUCGCGAUCAGAGAGGGAGGGAGAGACCGCCCCUGACAGGAACCAGGACGAAAACGCGUCGCUCGUCGCCAAAGUUCCGGCCGUUGUCGAGGCAGAACCGGAUGUCGCCUUCGCCGGCACUGUGACAGACACUCGCUGUGGGCUUCUCUGGUUCCGCCCCGCGGCGCUGCAGAGGUUCUGCAAGCCGCGCUACAUGCUGAUCAACAUGUGCGCCAUCUGCUUCACGCAAGGCUUCCUCGCCAACGGGGUCAUCAACGUCGUCUUGCCGACGCUCGAGCGUCGGUUCCAGCUGCGCAGCUUCGAGAGCGCCAUGAUCAUCAGCACGUACAACGUGGCCAACUGCCUCGCCAUCGCGCCCGUCGCCUUCAUGGGCACCAGCGGCAACAAGCCGGUGUUCGUAGGCGUCGGCGCCCUCACCAUGGGGCUUGGCGCACUUCUCUUCACCUCGGCCCAUUUCCUCGCGCCCGCCUACCAGUGGGGUUCCGAACUGCUGGACCUCUGCCCGGCGGGCCCGCUUCCGAAGGACCUCUGCGUCAGCGGUGACGUGCGGAACUACCGGUUCCUGCUGAUGCUGGCGUACGCCAUGUGUGGUAUUGGCUCGACGCCCUUCUACACGCUGGGCAUCUCGUACCUGGACGAGAACGUGCCCACCAGGAUGGUCUCCACGUACCUAGGUGUGUACUCAUGUAUGAGUGUCUUGGGUCCCGGCUUCGGGUUCAUGGCGUCUGGCUUCUUCUUGAGGCUCUACGUCGACAUCACCAAAGACGUCAAACACUUGGGCCUGACAUCAGGAAGCGCCGUCUGGGUUGGAGCGUGGUGGAUCGGGUUCCUGUUUACCGGAGUGACAAUGCUCAUCAUUUUCCUGCCAUCUAUGUUCUUUCCCAAGCACAUGCCAAGCUAUUACCAGUUGCUCGAAGAGAAAAAGACGGAGAGUCGUCAAGGAGGUCGCGUGAUGAAAGACACAUCCAUAAAGGAGCUGCCCGGAGCCAUUUACGGCAUCCUAAGCAACGGCACAUUCUUGUCUCUCUCCUUGGCCGGAACCGCGGACUACUUGCUUACAAACGCCGUGUCGCAGACUUCAACGAAGUUCUUUGAGUCUGAGUUUGCUAUCAGUUCGUCGAAAGCUUCGGCUGUCUUGGGUGCUAUUGCCUUUGGCGGAUGUGCUGGUACUUUCCUGGGCGGAUACUUGGUGACGCGCCUAAACAUGUCCUGCGAAGCCAUCAUCAAGAUGUGCCUCAUCGUCAGCGUUGUGCCCUGGCUCUGCAUCUUCAUGUUUCGAAGCUACUGCCCGGACCCAACCUUUGCCGUGAACAUCCCGGCAAUGCUGAACGACUCCGAUCCUUUCGCGUUUCCAUGCAACAGGCAUUGCAACUGCCACAGUAGCGUGUUCAACCCAGUCUGUUCGGUGGAUGGAACCGUGUUUUUUUCUCCCUGCCUGGCGGGAUGCGAAGCACGCCUGGCAACGGGAAAAGCAAGGGUGUACACAAACUGCAGCUGCAUAACAAAGAGCGUUCCGGAGAAACUGUCCAACGGCACCGUCAUCAACGUUCAAGCGCGCCGCAAGAAGUGCGACACGGGCUGCACCCUUCUGCCCUACUACUUGGUCGGACUGCUCCUCGCCCUCUUCUCCAACUUCCUCAAUUUGGCGCCGCUCGCCUCCGCUUUGCUCAGGGUGGUCACUCCUAAGGAGCGCUCCUUGGCGUUGGCCAUGAAGUGGAUCAUCGUGCGCAUCUUCGCGUCCAUACCGGGCCCGAUGCUGUUCGGCACCGUGAUCGACCGCAGCUGCCUGGUCUGGCAGUCAAUGUGCGGUCGCAGCGGCUCCUGUCUCUACUACAACAACAAGCUGCUGGCGCACAACCUCUUCUACGUGUUCAUCCUGCUGAAGACGCUCUCCAUUCUCCUGUACGCGCUCUCGCUGAUCAAGUACCGCGAAAACUUCGGCUCCGGCCGACGCGGCUGGCGAGCUGCUUGACGGAGAGGCCACUGCCGUUGCAUUCCCGUUGUUACAUCCCGCCGCAACCGAGUCAACACCUGGGUCGAACGUGCCGCCUCCAGUUCGCCUCAUUCCAUGCACGCACCAUCAUAAAGAACGCACAUACCUCCUGUAACAGCAUACUGUUUUUCUUGAUAUAGUCGAAUUGUAGCACAAGUACUCGCACACUAUGUCAACAAAAAUGUCGAAGACGUAAUUAAAUGCUCAGCGUGAAAAAUAAUUAAUUACAUAAAAGAUAAUGGGGUUCAGCAAUUCCCAUGACCGCCCUCUACCCUCUUCUGUUCAGCCUUAUGCAGUAUGUUUGCAGGCAUUUAACAUGAUAGACUGCACACAGUUGCUUCAACAAUGUUGGCAGCUAUCGUUGCUAGGCUUCUUCGGGCUGAUGUGCACGAUGUUUAUUCGUUCCGAUAAAGAUACAAUGUAAGAAAUAAGAACGCCAACAGUCAUGAGAUCGUUCACAGUAUAUGCCUAAGCUGUAUAGUGGCCCGAACGUAUCUUCUCAACUUGGAUUUAUUCAGGUAGCUUGUAUUCUAUACAGCGCGACGUUGUCAUUGAGCGAAGCCACUCGUACAUGGAUCAUUUGGUGGUUCUCAUGCAUAUUAAUCUGUACGUCUAAAAAUAUUUUCGUUCAUCAUGCGAA